AAGGCAUGGUAUGUAUGGACGGGGACAAAAAUGAAGGUGUUUGCAAAGAUGACAGAGAUAUUAAAUUUGAUGAUAAUGGAUUUGAAGAAGGUUGUUAUCACCCCAACAAACCAUGCUGGCUGUUUAACUAUUGUGAAGGACACAUGCAUUGUUAUAUCACAUUUGAAAAAGAAGAUGGUACACGUUUAGAUAAAGCAUGUAUAAGCAUAGGAGGAUAUUGUGUAAAACCGGGAACAAGAUUUGACGGAAUACUUACGAAAAACUUAUGUCCGUGUGAUUAUGACUGCUAUGUUCAAGUCACUGAUGGAUUGUGUGUGUCGCCAGAUCACUGUCAACACAUAGAUGCCCCUUGCGGAGGAACUAAAAAUGGUGCUCUAUGUGAUGGUGAAGAUUUUGUUUGCUGUGUUAGUCAUACUUAUGACGGCAAGUGUACCAAUGAUCCCCCAACUGGUGUUAAGGGAACAUGUAAAGACAACACCGAAGAAUGUGAUGGUUGGUACGUAACUGACAGAUGUUCCGGUCGUGCUGGCAGGCAGUGCUGUGUCCCUCAUGGAAAUGAUGAGGAAUGCACUAACAAACCUGGAGCUGCGUGUAUGGAUAUCAGAAAGGAAGCUUGUGAGGGUGAUUACAGACCCGGAUUAUGUUCAGGACCCGCAUAUAGACAGUGCUGCAUACCCGGGUGUCCAGAUCACUAUAAAGGCCUUAAUAAUGAGGACAUAUCAACAGAUUGUCAUUGGAACGGCGGUUGCUGCAGACCUUUUUGUAUACAUGGAGAAAUAGAAAUCAGUUUUUCAUGCCAAACUAAGGACAAAGAGGGCAAUCUAAUCUCAUCAAACUGUGUUUGUUGUAAAGUUGAAGAUAAAGAGGUCAUACCACAUUACGGAAAACCGGGAGAAAAAUAUGAUCCACAUUAUAAAACGCUUGACAGUCUUACGUAUACUUUCGAUGGCCACUGUUCUUACAUACUGAUGAGAGAGUGCAGUAAUUAUUUGGAAACUCCUCGUUUUACUGUCAUCGCUAAACAUGAUUUAAUGGAAAGUCUAAGAAGAAAAUUAAAAGCGUAUAUUGACAGCGUAUCUAUCAUCAUGGGUACAUUCCGAGCUGAUUUACUGCACGGCAAUUUAGUUUCCAUCAAUAAUCGACCUGCAAUUCAUAUUCAUGAUUUGAGAGAAUGGAACGAUACAGAUAAAGGCAUCUAUAUAACACCAGAUCAGGGCAUGGCUAAAGUUGACGUUCCUGGAGAAUUCACCGUAUGGUUUAAUGGCAAUGGCCGUUGCGAGGUAGCCAUUGAUACACAGUAUCACGGGAAAGUGUGUGGUUUACUUGGCAACGCAAAUGACGAUCCUGAUGAUGAUUUACAAAAACUUACAUCCGAUGGAUUGAAAUUGGUCACUGAUGUGAAUGAAUUUGCUAAUAGUUGGGCUGUGCCAAAGAGUUGUCCAUGAGACUGGAAUAAAUCAAGAAGAUCUUGACAGGAAAGCCCAACCUUUCAACUAAAUAUUACUUAGAAUGGCUUAUAAUUUAUAAUUUAUUUCUCUGAGGUUGUUGCUUAGAUUUUUAAGGAUGAGUUUAUUUUUGGUUCAAAUUCAUGUAGCUUCUACGACUUGCAUGUGUGCUUUACAUUUAUAAGUGUUACUAACAUAAUACUACACAUACAACAAUGACAAGGCAUAAAGAACACAUAAAUAUGUAUAGUGUUACUUUCCAUUUUACCACAAUGUCGUGAACUUACCAUCUCCAGCAUUAUGACUUUUUUGUUAGUACUAUGACGGUGAAUAAAUUGCAUUUGGGAAAAAGAA